UCUGCGCAUUGUUCUCUGUCGCUCUCCAUAUUGGUUCCAAAAAGUGAAUUUCGAGUUGAAUUUAUAUCAGCGUAGUGGCUUAAUUGUCGCACACAAGUACAGUAUAAUAACGGGCCGUGAAUUAUAAUUAAAUCAGGAAUGAAAGGUCAUCGGUCAAGUAGGAUAUAGGCUAAUUUAUUUAUUACUGUCUGCAAAUGUGCUUCGAGGCGCCUAGAUCCUGAGUUGAGACUAGUCACCGCCUGUAGAGAAAACAUUCAAGAUCAAUGCCUUUCACUUGUCAUGGCGAGUGUACCGACCAGUAUGGAUAUCAAACCUACAAACAACCCAAAGAAUCUCCCUUACCAAAUGUAUGCUGUUCCGGUUCAAGAUGGGACUGGACAGAAACAUCCAGUUUAUCAGAUUUGUAAGAAAUUGAUCUUCACCAAAAAUGGGAAAUCUGUGAGCUCGUACAUGGCGGCAACCCCCGAUGAGAUGAAAAAAUCAGCAGGCACCCAGGGCACACUAAACGUUAUCAAUGUAUCAAAUAGCAAAAAAAUGGUGAUCGGUUUACCAGCGUUUGCGCAUGCGCCAGUCACAAAUGUGCAGACGACUCCAAAUCUGGAGACAAUAAAAAUACAACCGACAACCAAGAUUCAGAUAAACCCAGACAGACAGAUAGUCCAAAGCACCGAAAAGACUGUCAAAUUAUCAAAUAACCCACAAGUUGUGAUUGGUUCACAAGUUAUUUCAAAGACACCAGUCACAACAGUACAGACACAGACUACAAAUGUGCUAUCAGGAAACCAGGUUCAGGCUACUAAAUUAGUUAGCGCCACCACCGGCGAUCCGAAAGUUGUAGUUUGCACAACGACACCCGUGCAGUCUGCCACUGGCACACGACCUGUUCAGUUUGUUCUCUCUCCCCAGGUUGCCAGUCAGACGAAAUUGGCAAAUGGAAAUCUUCAGAUGUUGAAAGUUGGCGGGAAACCUAUAAAAAGCGAGACCGCAACUAUGCCAGUGAAGCCCAGUAGUUCGACUGCUGGUAAACCGAUAUUACUGUCGAUCACACAGUCAUCCAUUUGUGGGACGCAGACGAUAACAACCGUGCCGACUACACCAAUAUCGUCCGUUACAUCAGAACCGUACACGAAAAGUGUGGCAAUACCCGGGUCGAUAACUGCAACUGCGGGCACUCAGCCCAUGUUUAUGACCAUAAGCCCGUUAUCAGUGACGUCAGCCAACACUUCUUACGUCCAACCACGGAUUAUCACAGCAACAAGUACACAGCCAGUACGCGUUUUACUAAGCCAGCCCAACAAAGGUCGUAACAUCACAAUGCUCACCGUACCAGCGUCACAAAUAAAAACGAGUCAGACAAAGAUAGCCAAAUCGACAAACCCGCCAGUAUCUCCGAUCACCGUAUAUUCCAGUGGGGCGAGUUCGCCGAAGGUAUCGGCUGUUACACCAAUUAUACGCGCCACGCACGACCUGUCGAAGUUGUUAACGCCCCCACCGACGCCUGACAUUUGUGAUAGUGAGAAAUCAAAUGCGUGCACGACAAUGCCAGCGAAUUCAUCAGCUAGAUUCAUUACCAUUGCUAACGCAUCCGUACCGCUAGUUAAUACAGUCCCCAUGGCAACGAUUUUAACAAAACAGACGCUUUCAAACGUAGCUAAAGUCCAGCCCAUUGUGCCUGUUGCUAUUCGGGCAGCCGCAAACGCGCCCAGUUGCGAGGCCCAUCUCAAUGAUAAUGAUCCUUCAGAUUCAAAAUGUGAUUCAAAAUUACAGAAAACUGCCGAGUGUGAUACAAAUGAAAAGCACAUUUCAGACACGGCCGCCACGAAAUGUGACGAAAAACCAAUGUUUACAAUUGAUUCAGUGUUUAGCCUAUCGGAAAGCUCUGCCAACGAUUUGUUUCCCGAAGCUGCGCGGAAUACUGACGAACAGCCGACGUCCGAAGAAUCCAAGCCAUCUCAGUCGUUAGAGGGCGCUGGUAUAUUGUCAAGCAGUUGCGUCGGGAUGAAGAUCAAAACUGAACCCCCUGAUACUGGAUACGAAAAGGCUUUACAAAUCAAAAAAGAACCACCAGACACUGGUUAUGAAAAAGCUUUGCUGAGCUCAAAUGCUGAGUGGCGAGCUACAAGUAGCAAUCAAUCAGAAAAAACAGAUGAAAGUGCAACUGGCACACCAGAAGUUGUGGAUUAUCAAUAUCCGAUGGUAGUGACGCCCUCGGUAAUGUCUAACACACCGGGAGAACCAAUGAGAUGGACUGUGCAAACCUCGCCGCCUGCGUCGUCGUCAAAACCACUUGCAUCGUCAACACUAUUGGCGUCAUCGACACAGUCAUCGUCAAUACAGCUACCAACGUCAUCGACGCAACUGUUGGUGUCUGCAGCGCAACCGCCGACGUCUUCGACACACCUAAUCGUGUCAUCAACACAAUCACUGACGUCAUCAACACAAUCACUGACGGCACCGACUAUUAUAAAAACAUCAGCUCCCAUUCUAAAAUCAUUACCAUUACAGACGUCCGCGACAAUACUCGUAAAAACUCUUGCUAACUUGAAAGCUGCCUCCGCGCCGGGUUCCAGCAUCUCGGCGUAUUACGUGAAGGGUGCUGACGGAAAAACUGGCUUAUUACAAAUACAUUCGGCGUCCGCGAAACUAUCAGAAAUUGCCAACACCGCCAUGCUUGACAGUCAGAAAUCAAAAAAUCAACCAAUGGCCAGUUUAACAACGACCGUACCAGCAAAUAAAAAUCCAAUGCCAGCGAAAACUAAACCAACGUCAGAAAACACUGAGCUAAUUGGCCAAAUCAAAUCUAUUAUUCCGGAAAAUCAAUUUCUGAAUGAAGUCAUUAUUAAACAAGAAAAAACUGACGAUGAAAACAUUAUUUUCCCACUUUCCACAACCAAGAAACGUGAAACUACGAAGCCACCUGCCCCUACUCGGGUGUUACGUAAACGCAAACAGAAUUUGCCCGCGUUGUCGGAAACUCGCACUACAGACGCGGCUUAUCUGGAUCCAUCCAGUAGCUGCACCGACGAGCAUAAAGAAACCAUACAGGAGGAACGCAUACGAAAAUUGAAAGAGUUGCUGAAGACCAAAACCGCUGCUUUGGAAGAGGUCAGAAAAAAAGGCGUUGCGAAGAGACAAAAAAUGUCCAAUGACGAUGAAGACACAGAAAGUGCUGAAGAGACGUGAUUUCAAAAGGUUAUCUUGUUGGAGUGCGUCGCGAUACGCCCAUGUACACUUGAAAGCAGUACGCAAAUACAGUGAAUUAAAGAUACCUGAUCACGUAGAAAGUGGAGGGCGUGUCUGCUUGUGAUAGGUGUCUAUGCCUAUGCUAUAUUUUCUGUAAUUGUUUUUAAUAUAUUAAUCUUGUAAAUUUCAUUUCGUGAUUAUGUAAAUAUGACGUUAUUUAAAUUAUCUGGCAGCAGAUUUGGAUUGGCUAAAAAUGGAAUGCAGGCAGCAUAUUGAAAAGUAUGUCACCGACAAAAUUGACGCAUGCGCAAACGAUAUAUAGACUUUCCGUCUAUGAGAAACGCUCCAUCUAAUUUUCAAGAAACUAAUUGAAAUCUAUUAUGGGCUAGGCACUUAAUUGAAAUGAGUGCUAUGCGCGGCGGUUUGGACCGGUUUUAACAAAGAUUUUCGUAGUAACAGUGUCUGACUUCAGUUGUACACAGUAUCUACCAGAAGCUGGUAUUAUAGAAGAAUGGCUGUCAGUUAAUAUUCUAUGAUUUGUGUGUUUAUACUAGCAUGAACACGUUCAUAUUGCGCAUGCGUACAUAUUUGUCACUUAUU